CCAAAGAAUCAUUUUUGAAGCAUCAAAUGCCAAAAACAUCUCUCUUCCAUCAAUCUUUUAUGGCAACUUCUAAAUCCAAACAUUUUCAACUCAAAGCCAUCUUUACAUUCCUUCUCAUUCUAGCUCUCACAAUCGCUUCCACCACAGCGCGUAGAAUCCUCGACGAGGAGCCCGCCACUCCCACCGUUGCUCCAGAAGCUCCUGAUGUAGACGAGGCCCCAGCAGCUUCUGGGGCAGUUGUAGGUACAGGCGUUGCAGCUCCUGUUGGUGCAGGAGCAACUCCUGGUGUUGCAAGUCCUGCUGGUGUAGGUGCUGGUAUUGUAGCACCUGUUGCUGCAGGAGCUGCAACUCAUGUUGGUGCAGGUGCUGGUGUUGCAGCUCCUGCUGGGGUAGGUGCUGGUACUGCAACACCUACCAGUGCAGGAGCUGCAGGUGUUACAACACACGUAGGUGGUGCAGGAGCUGCAGGUGGUGCAGGUGUUGCAACUGCUGCGACAGCUGGUGGAGCUGGCGAAGAUGAUCAUAUAUUUUCCUUUUUCAUGCACGAUAUUCUUGGAGGAUCAAACCCUUCAGCAAUAGCAGUAACUGGCAUCGCAACCAACCCUUCACUAAGCGGACAAGUUCCCUUCGCGAAGCCAAAUGGUGCAGUUCUAGCAGUCGACAACGGUGUCCCAGUAAACAGUAACAACAACGGAAUCAUCAGCAACAACAACAUCCCUUUUCUCACAGGCCUAAGCGGAACCACUUCAAACGUAGUUCAAAACAACGGAAACAACAACAUCAUCGGUGGAGGUGCCGGUUUCCCAGCCCUUAACAUGGCUCAGUUAGGAUCAGGAAUCACGUUCCAAAAACUCAUGUUCGGUACACUGACAGUGUUCGACGACGAAUUAACAGAAAGUCAUGAACUGAACUCUGGCCUAGUUGGUAAAGCUCAAGGAUUUUACGUUGCGAGUUCAGAAGAUGGAAAUAGUCAGACUAUGGCUUUUACAGUGAUGUUUCAUAGUGGAAGUUAUAGUGAUAGCCUUACUUUCUUUGGAGUACACAGGACUAGGGUUUCGGAAUCACAUCUUGCUAUUAUGGGCGGCACUGGAAAGUAUGUGAAUGCUAAAGGAUUUGCUACUGUUAAGACAUUUCCAGCUUCAAACCAACAAGAAACUGACGGUGUGCAGACUCUGCUUCAUAUUACUGUCUAUCUUGCUUACUAGUGUGUUGCAGUAAUUUUUAUUGCUUUAUUGUGUUGUGCUUUAUUCAGAGAUUUAUAUCCGAUAUUUGAAGGUUUGUGAAAAUUUGUUGAAGUUUAUUAUUUAAUUAGCACCAGUUUGGUUUGAAGUUU